AUGCAAUCUAUAUUGCAGUUACGAUAUCGGGCGCUCAUAAACGUCCAACUAACUGUACUCUGCGUUAUUUUGAGUUCUGUCGUCAUAACAGCGAGAACUUCAGACAAAUUAAAAAUCACUCUACCCCAUGGAGGUACGCUGAUUGGUAGAUAUUUGAAUGCAUACAGUGGCCAAGGCAUUCUCGCCUUUCUUGGGAUACCAUAUGCGAAACCUCCCAUAAAUGAGCUACGGUUUAAGGCUCCAGAACCAUUCGGAGGGUGGGUAGGUGAUCGAUUGGCAAUUUUCGAUACUCCACUAUGUACUCAGCGUGAUCCUUAUCGUAGAGAUGAAGCCAUUUCUGGUAUCGAAGAUUGCCUUCACCUAAACUUAUACGUGCCGGAACGUUCAAGAACGCUAUUAGCCCAAACAAACAAAUCAUUACCAGUGAUGGUAUUCUUCCAUGGUGGAGGAUGGCAAUGCGGCUCCGGAACUCGUUCGUUUUAUGGACCAGAUUACUUGCUUGAGCAUGACGUUGUCUAUAUCGGUGCUAACUUUCGCCUGGGACCACUAGGAUUUCUUAGCACAGAACAAGCCGACUGUCCGGGAAAUAAUGGACUUAAAGACCAAAAUUUGGUGCUCCAAUGGAUCCGCGAUAACGUUGCAUCGUUCGGUGGCGAUCCCCACUCAGUUACGGUGUUUGGAGAAAGUGCUGGUGGUGCAAGUGGAACGUAUCAUAUGAUGUCACCCUUGUCCAAAGGACUGUUUCACCGAGUUAUUUCACAAUCAGGAGUCAACCUAGAUGCCUGGGCUCAACCGGCACAUCCAGGAGUAGCACGGGCACGAUCUGUGCAAUUGGGACAAAUGCUGGCAUGUCCGCAGGGCAUCGAUGGACGAUUUUCAGAAAUGUUAAACUGCCUAAGACGUGUGCCUGGAGAUGAAAUAACAAGGAAAUUCUACGACUUUUAUCUGUGGGAUACCGAUCCUAUGAUCCCAUUCCCACCCGUUGUGGAACCCGACGUACCGGGAGCAUUCAUUACGAAGCAUCCAAGAGAUGAGUAUGAACCACAUGCUAUUGGCCUUCCAUGGAUGACUGGAUUAACACUGGAUGAGGGAGCUUUGAAAAGUGCUGCCUUAAUAAACAUACCGGAACUUCGCCAGAGUUUGAAUAAUAAUUGGGACUUUGCGUUACCUGUUUCUUUGUACUACGAUCAUCAUGAGCCGAAUAAGCAGCGCCAAAUUACACAGCACAUUAACAACUUCUACUUCAACAAUCAAAAGCUGGUCGAAGCAACUGAAAAAAACCUAACAAAUCUGUACUCGGAUGCUUGGUUUUUAGCGGGUAUGGAUGAAUAUCUGCGAAUACGGUUACUUGGUCAUGAUCGACGUUCUUCUAAAUCUCCUAAAGUCGGACCAACAUAUGUGUAUCUUUUUGCACAAAAAGCUUCUGCCAGUUUUACAGAAAUAUUUAAAGGAGGGAAUGAAAAGUACUACGGUGUGUGCCAUGCAGAGGAACUACAAUACAUUUUUCCCAUCGCAAAGGAGCUUCAAAAUUUCCAUACAGCCGUACCUUCUGAUGAGGAGCUUGAGAUACGACGUCUGAUAACACAGUUAUGGGUUAACUUUGCUCGCACCGGCCAUCCAACUCCACCCGAUAACACAGACCGCAGUCUUCCUCACUGGCCUGCAACCAACCAGUUUCCUCUCCAGUAUUUACGAAUAGGUAGCAUCGAUUCCACAAAGGAACCAAUUAUAGCGCUAGAAACAGGACUUUUUGAAGAACGAGCUACAUUUUGGCGCGAGCUUAAAGCACACAAUACACCAAUAUUGUCGGAUGCGAACCCAAUUCAUCAAUCACGGGACGAACUUUGA